GUAGACUCAGAAGUGCAAUGAGAACAUUCGAGUCUUCUCGAAUCGGAUGCUGCAGCUGGUUUGGCCUUUCUUGUUGACCAGGUCAUCGAGUGUGCUGUUUCUCUCAAGCACUGACAUAAUUUACGGAGAUCUGAUAGAUUUUAUCACUCAUGUGAUUUGGCCUUGGAUCUACGUUCGCGAUUAUUCAACUAUUCGUGGCGCCAGAAACACAAGUUGUAAUCCUCCCUCGGGAGGGCACAAAGAUCCACAGCACAUGCGCAACCACAACUUACUUCCCGUCUUUGUACUACGGAUUUGCAACAAGAAUGAACAACUAAAGCAUGGAUGCAAGGCUGAACGCAUCGAGCAACCAGGCCACUGUCACAUGUAAUGAACAAUGGUCGUCCACAGAUCCCCACAGUGGCGACACAACUCGAGGCCACUUCACAGUAGCGCGCGACGACGAUAUAAAUAUUGCUUCAGUA